GACAAUGAGACUUUUAUUUCAGGCUUUGAGCGUGUAUUCUGGCUGAAAUGGAGGACGCAGAGGUCCGACAGCAGAAGCUGGACAAUCAGCGUUCGCUUUUAAUGAAGAAACAACAAAGAAGAAGGGCAGAUUCCCGUAUGGUCACAGCGAAUCAGGACAUUCGCCCCAAGACACGUAAACAGAAAGCUGAGGCUGAUGAUACAGCUUUAUUGAUAAGCCAGUCUCAGAGCAACACUUCCCUCAAUGACACGCAACCUGUGCAGAUUUAUGAAAACACAGUGGAAGAAAUUUGUUUAGGAGAACUGGACAUUUCAUCCAGGACAGAAGAGGCAUCGGAAGAGGCAGCUCAUUCUCUUCAGGUUAUCACAAAGAAAAUUGAUCUAGAGAUCAGCCCGCAGCACAGCCCUAAAUGCCCUUUAGACACAGAGGGCCAAGCAGAUGAAAAGAAAACUAAGAAGAAGGCUGUGAAAAAGGGGCAAACAAAAUGUAAGGUACCAAAACCAGCAUUAGAAGCCAAGGAAAAUGAAGGGAAAGAGAAAAAAACAGUGAAGAAGAAGGAUAAGACAAACGAAUCUAAGGAGAAAGUGCAGACUGGGGAACAGUCUUCAAUUCAGACUGAUUCAGUGGUGGAAUUCAACAUUAAUGAAGAGAAAAAACCUGAAUCAGAGAGUGAGGAUGAAAGAAAAGAUUGGACAAAGAGCCCCGUCCCUCCCACACCAAAGAAACAACAGCUGAAGCCAAUGAGAUGUCAUCUCAGUGAUAGUGAGGAAGAAAAACAGAACGAAGAAGAGGAGGACAAGAAGAGUGAAGCUAAAAAAACAUCAAAGAAGUCUAAAAAAGGAUCAAAAAAUAAUAACGAUAUUGCUUCUUUAAACUCCAACUAUAAGGAGCCCUCCUCUGACAGUGACUCUCUGGACAUGGGAAAGUCCUCUCCUAUGUCUUUGGAGGAUCUGGAACAGUUUUCCAUGCAUCCUGCUCCAAGAGAUGGAACUAUUCAGUGCAGGAUCACCAGAGACAGGAGGGGAAUGGAAAAAGGGAUCUAUCCCACCUAUUACCUCCACAUGGAAAAGGAGGAUGGGAAAAGGGUAUUUCUGAUGGCUGGCAGGAAAAGAAAAAAGUGUACAACUUCAAAUUAUUUGAUAUCAAUCGAUCCUACAGAUUUAUCUAGAGAUACUGACAGUUACAUAGGCAAACUAAGGUCAAAUGUCCUGGGGACUAAAUUCACUGUGUACGAUAAUGGCGAGAAUCCAGAAAGAAAACAAUUCCUCAAAGAAACGGAUACACUGCGACAAGAGCUAGCCGCAAUAUAUUAUGAGAAAAAUGUUCUGGGUUUCAAAGGUCCCAGGAAAAUGAUAGUAAUCAUUCCUGGUAUGCACGAGAAUGAUGAAAGAGUCGUUAUUCGACCAAAAAGUGAACUGGAGUCUCUGCUCACCCGAUACGAGAAUGGUAACAAAGAGAAUCUUGUCACCCUUGUAAAUAAAUCACCCAGCUGGAAUGAGCAAACUCAGUCGUAUGUGCUCAAUUUCCAUGGCCGAGUUACACAGGCAUCUGUGAAAAACUUUCAGAUUGUCCAUCCAGAUAAUGAGGACUACAUCGUGAUGCAGUUUGGCCGGGUAGCCGAAGAUGUGUUUUCCAUGGACUACAGCUUCCCCAUGUGUGCUCUACAGGCAUUUGCCAUCACUUUGUCCUCCUUUGAUGGCAAACUGGCCUGUGAAUGAGCCUCAUCCAUCUGUAUUUUCUGUUCUUUUAAAAAGGGAAACUUUGCAGUACUUUAGGAUGUUAAAUGUCUU